AUGUUCCUGUGUGUUGGUUUUCUGACAGUUGGUGUUGCGCUUUUUAUCUUAUGCUUUUUCCAGAAUUACUUUCUAUCAUUGGCUAGCCAUAAUAUUGUUGGGCGCAUACGUAAGGAGUUCGUCAAGGCAGUACUGGCGCAGAAUGCGGCCUGGUUCGAUGAAAACAACUCAGGAGCGAUCACUACGAAACUUAAUGAGUACGUGGAAAAGUUUAUUAUGAGAAACGUGGCGCAAAUCGAAGAUGGCAUUGGAGACAAGAUUGGGAUGUUGGCUAGAGGUGUGACAGUGUUCAUCGCCAGCGCUGUCAUCGCCUUCGCGUUCAGCUGGCGCAUCACCCUCGUAUGCAUUAUGGACGGUCCUGUGAGUGCCAUAACCAUGGCCAUCAUGUCACGG